CACAGUGUUGUUUUGGUCGAAUUUUUGUAUCGUCCGAAUCCGUGCUUUCCCACUCGAUGCAGUCGAGAACUUCGUGCGAAAGUGGCGGGUAAGAGCCUCGCGCACCGCCGCGCAACAACGAAACUCCGCACUGCGCCACCUUAACCCGUCAUCAUAUAUCUAACCAUGUACACCCACUUCUUUCUUCUUCCGCUUAAACCCCACGGAUCUUUCUCCUUCAAAACCCAGAACUUUACUAAUUUCUACAUCAAUUCUUCUGCUCUCUGCUCCAUCUUGAACCUCGAAUGGCUAUGGCUUCCCAAGAAGAUGAAGGAAACGCCAGGCACUUGGAAAAGCUUAUUACUUGUUCAGUGCACAAUGAGAAGUUGGCCAGUGUUCAAUGCAUCGAUUGUGUAAAAUUGAACAUACCUAAGGAACAGAGUUAUCAUUGUACUCCAGAGUGCUUUGCAGGUGCAUGGGAAAGGCAUAAGAAUUCUCAUCGUAAUGCUGCUGAAUGUAAGACUACGUCUACAUUUGGCGAUCAAUGCGAAGUAAACAAGCUGAAAAGGAGUUCUGGCUCAUGGCCUGAGUCACUGGAUGAGAUUGCAGAACAAGAAGGGGCAAAAUGGGUUAAAGUGGGGUCUUCAAUAAUAUAUGACCCUUCAAAUGAUGGAAUCAGAUUGCCUCUGAGGCUGGAGUCUUUUGCUAUUGAUCAUGCAGAGGGCACUCAUUUCUCUCCUGUUGAAAAUAUAGUGACUGGUCUUCUGACUUUUCCUCUCCCUUCUCCACGCCUGAUGGUUGGAAUUGGAAGUAAUGAGAAAUAUUUGUCUUCUGAUGGUUUUGUAUUUACUGUGCUAUCUUACAACAUUCUUGCUGAUAUGCAUACUAAAGGCACACAAAGGCAAAGUUACUGUCCAAAAUGGGCACUUUGCUGGGAAUAUCGCAGGCAAAACUUGCUGAAUGAGAUCAUUGAAUAUGAUGCAGAUAUUAUUUGCCUGCAAGAGGUCCAAGAUAACCACUAUGAAAGUUUUUUUAAACCUGAGCUGACAAAACGUGGAUAUUCAGCUUUGUACAAGAAAAAAACAAAUGAGAUCUUUACAGCUGAGGGGUAUGUAAGUGAAGGAUGUGCAACUUUUUACCGGCAUAACCUGUUCAGAGAAAUCGUGAUAUAUGAGCUUGAGUUUAACAGGAAAGCACAGGUGGUUCAAGAAGCAUUGGAACCUGAGCUACAAAAUGAUGGUGCUACCCGCCUAAGAAUGCAUAAUGUUGCUCUUAUUGUUGUAUUACAAGCACUUAGAGAUGGCAGCACUGAUGUUGACCUUCAAUCUAGAAUUUGUGUGGCAAAUACUCAUGUGUAUUCAGAAAAGAACCGGCCUGAUGUAAGAGUAUUCCAGGUUGCCACUCUUAUCCAUAAACUUGAAGAAAUUACCCAAUUGCAGAUUCCCAUGUUGAUUUGCGCUGAUUUGAACUCUGUUCCUGGAAGUGAUCCUCAUGCCUUGCUAAUAAAAGGAGAAAUCAAUUCUAUUGAAGGAAAUAAUCCAUUACAUAUUGAACGCUUUAUCAGGCUAGUGCAUUCUUUACAUCUGGAAAGUGCAUAUGCUUCUUUUCCUGAAAACUUUACCAUUUUCACUCAAAAGUUUGCUGGAACCUUGGAUUAUAUUCUAUACUCAGGUAUGUAUCCUUGACCUCAGGUACCCUUUAUCAAAUUGCUUGUUUUUUCAAAGCUUUGUCAAUCAUGAAUUCAAAAUUGAUUUGUUUUGAUGAUUGUACACAUUAUUACCUCAGUCAUAAUUGUUUGUAACAACAGAUGCCCUUCAAAAUAUAGUCGGUAUUGUGAGUUGUGACUUAGAUUCCUCUAUUAACCAUAAUAGUUUGGCUAUGAAAAAACUGUUUCUUUAGAAACUUUACUGGGCCAUUGCUAUUGGUCUAAGCCUGUGUUUCUGUUUCUCCACAGCUGACAGGCUCAAAGUUGAAAGCUUAUUAGAACUUCCCAGUAAGGAAAGCCUGGGUAAGGCUCUUCCUUCUCCUUACUGGUCAUCAGACCAUAUUGCUCUCAAGGCAAGCUUUAGACUCUUGUCACAGGCAGCCUCUUCAUCACAUGAACCACCAAAUGUGAAGGACCAGCUACCCAACAGGAGAGAACUCAUGUCUUAGUCUUUUCUGCAAUUAGAUAAAAUUAUUCAUAAGACUGUUAACCAUCAUCUUCUGUUGUAUAAUUUAUGAUUAAACAUGUGUAUCACUUUGUGAAAGAAUAACGUGAAUCUGACAUU